AUGAUUGAUGUGUGUUACCCAAGCCACCAAGUUUGCCGAACAAAAGAGGAACAUGAUGCAAAAGCCCGGAUGAUUGUCCACAAGGCGCCCUUCCAUAAAUUCGAAACCAUCCUGUGUUUCAAGGACAAGUGGUUUGUGCUGAGCGGCGGCAAGUGGUUUGUGCUGAAGGAUGGGCCUGGCGUGGCUGAUGUUCAUAUUUGGGAGAUGCUGGACCAACACAAGAUGCUGGCAGAGCGCAUUGGAGGGCCUGACAUUUUUGAGAAGUUCCCCAAGUGCAAGGCCUUCUACGAGGCCUUCAGAGCAUUGCCAACUCUGCAGAAGUACUUUGCCAGCGAGGCUUACCACUUCGAGGUGAACUACAAGCCGCAAGGCGCAUGGUUUUUCUAG